AUGCGAGAAGAGGAAACUGUGGUGCCUGAAAGGCCAAUGAACGGCCACUAUUACUGCCCUACGCGGGCUUCCUUAUGUCAUCGUGGGCCCGACCGUGGCGCAGCGCUCACUUGCAUUUCCCGCAGUUUCUCUCUCUUCAUCCCGCAAAAGGCCAAAAGAUCUUCUUGCCUUCGUACCACCACUACUUACUACUUUGUCGGGCGCUUCUUUUCUCACACCAUCCCCGAGUAUCUUCACAUCCCGGUCAUUUCAUCGUCGAUAUCAUUUUAUCGCAAUACCUCGCCUUUUCCAUCUAUCAGCCUCAUCGAUCUAUCCUCAUCUGUUUCGCCCGGCGGGGUCAUGGAUUACUCCGUCAACCUCCGCCGCAAGGAUACCACCAAGGGUCCGCCCUUGCGGAUCCUGUCGCUUGAUGGCGGCGGCGUCCGCGGUUACUCCAUGCUCAUCAUCCUCCAAGAACUCAUGUACCGCGUCUAUGUCGAAUGCGAAGGCAAAGCCCCUCGUCGCGAUGAAAUCCCCAAACCCUGUGACCACUUCGACCUCAUCGUCGGCACCGGAACCGGCGGCCUGAUCGCCCUCAUGCUGGGUCGGCUACGACUGGAUCUCGAGACCUGCAAAGAUGUCUAUGUCCGCAUGACCCGCCGCGUGUUCGAAACCGACAAGACCUUCGCCGGCAUCCCAUUUCAUAAAACACUAUUCAAGGCUUCCAAGCUGGAAGAAGCCAUCCGUGAAUGUGUCCGCGAACAUACCGUUUUUGAAGCGGAGGGGAACGAUAUGAGUCCGUCGGCGCGCAAUUCGCUGGCCAGUGCUCCUUUUAGUCCCAACUCCAUGUCAGUGCCCCAGCGCUCGGGCAGUCGGGCUAGCUUCAGUACUACUACCUCCCAUUCGUCGGGUCAUGCUAGUCAGCGCAAUUCGACGUUUGUGAACGGCUUACGCUGGGGAAAUCCGGAUGCGCUGUUGUAUGAUAAUCGAGAGUAUCGGACGAAAACUGCUGUGACUGCACUCUACAAAGGUACCACGUCCCGCAACGGCUCGACCGUCCUCCUCCGGUCCUACGAUUCGCGCAAAGAGCCCCCGCCCGAGUUUAACUGCACAGUCUGGCAGGCUGGUCGUGCCACUUCUGCCACCGGGCUAGCCUUCAAGCCCAUUCAGAUUGGACAGCACGUCUUCAUCGACGAAGGUGCCGGCACCUACAACCCCUCGCCGCAGGCGCUGGAUGAAGCGGUCAUGAACGAGUGGCCCGGUCGCGAGAUCGGAGUGUUUGUCAGCGUGGGAACUGGCAAGCGCCCACCAGGCACCAACAAUCGGCAACACGAAUGGUGGGAGGACUUCUUUGGGGAUGCCCUGGGCACGUUCGCGGAAGCUCGUCGACGCCUGAUCGCCAAGAUCGAGGGGUGCGAGGAUAUCCAUUUGGCGAUGCUGCGCGACCAUCUAGCUAAGCGCAAUGUGAGCAAGGACAACUACUAUCGGUUGAACGUCGAGGUGGGUGUGGGCGAGUUUGGAAUGAAUGAAUGGAACCGGCUGGCAGACAUCAGCACCAACACACGACGCUACCUGACGCGACCGGAGGUGAAGCACCAGAUCCUGGACGCAGGUGUCAAGUUCGCCAAGAUUGAGCGCCAACACCGCCGGCUGGCUGACCAUGCGGCGGCGGCAGGUCAGGUCGAUGAUGGGACCUCGUCCAUCAUGCACAGUCCAGUGCUGUCGGUGCCGCCGCCAUCGCACCCGAUGGCCGUGGAGCUACCGGCUGAGCUGCCGGGUGACUUUGUGCCUUAUAUCACAACAGAGGACUCGCUGCCGGCGCACCCCACGCCACAGGACGCCGUUCUGCCAUCACCGGGGCGGACAUCAGGCGACUUGGCCAGUCCGGGGGCUGGCGAUGUGAGUCGGCCCAACUCGCGGGCGCAUGGGUCCUCUCGACCCAGCACCGGGCAUGGCCAUGAUGGGAUGCCUCCGCCUGUGCCGCCCAAGACGCCGAUUCCCUAUCCUUCCGAGUAUCCUAGUGAACUGGGAGGGAUUCCCAUGCCGAUGCCGACGACGACCAGCCCGGGACAUAGUCACAAUGGAAGUUUGAGUGGGAAGAUUCGACCGCCGUAUCCAGUGGACGAGCCACCGGUGGUAAACAAACAGCGGAAGCCGAGUUACCAUAACCACAAAGAGGAAAUCGAAACGUUGAAGAAGCAUUGCGACGAACCGUGGAUCGGGAUGUGCUGCGCCGCCCAACUGGCGCCGGAUCAACCAACGAUUGACUUCAGUUUCCCAGCCUCGCUUUUCUCUGCAACAAACAAACAGUUCGUCUUACGCAAGCCAUUCGUCUCCCCCCUGCCUGUCUUGCUUUUCUGCACUUUCUCUUCCCCUUGUCUUCUACUAAGAUUAGUUUUACAUACCUCCCCCUCACUCCUCGCGGCAUCAGAUCUCGAUCACUAUCGAUCUGGCACAUUCCGAUCCCACGGGCCUGUCGAUCGCACGCCUUUUUUUGCACUCCUUGAUCCGCUUGUCCCCGAUGCAGCCGAGCUUCCCAUCAUGGACUCCGACAAUCCACUACAUCCUGUGAACCUCCUCGCCGCCCGCGCCGACAGUUCCUCCCGUCCAGCCUCCUACAAAGCCAUUGGUAUCUCUCUCGCCAUCGCCUCGGGUUUCUUUAUCGGCGUCUCCUUCGUACUCAAGAAAAAAGGCCUCCUCCGCGCCAAUGUCAAGUACAAUGAAGAAGCCGGCGAAGGGUAUGGAUACCUGAAGAACCUCUUCUGGUGGGGCGGGAUGACCCUGAUGAUCAUCGGGGAGCUGUGCAACUUUGUUGCCUAUGCUUUCGUCGACGCUAUCCUCGUGACGCCGAUGGGCGCACUGACGGUCGUGGUGACCACCAUCUUGUCGGCAAUCUUUCUGAAGGAGCGGCUCAGUUUCGUUGGAAAAGUGGGCUGUUUUUGCUGCAUCUUAGGCAGUGUGGUUAUUGCGUUGAAUGCGCCAGAACAGUCGUCUGUGAGUGAUAUUCAGGAGAUGAAGAGCUAUGUCAUUUCUCCGGGGUUUUUGUCUUAUGCUGGGGUAAUUAUCGUGGGGUGUGUCGUCACGGCGGUUUGGUUGGGGCCUAAAUAUGGCAAGAAGAGCAUGUUCGUGUAUAUCAGCAUUUGCUCGUUGAUUGGAGGGUUGAGUGUCGUGGCAACGCAGGGUCUGGGAUCUGCUAUCCUGGCUCAGAUUAAUGGUGAGGCGCAGUUCAACCAGUGGUUUAUGUACGUCUUGCUGGUGUUUGUUAUCACGACGCUGGUGACUGAGAUUGUCUAUCUCAAUAAAGCCCUCAACAUCUUCAACGCUGCGCUGGUCACUCCUACCUACUACGUCUUCUUCACCAGUUCCACCAUUGUCACCUCCGCCGUGCUGUUCCGCGGCUUCAAGGGGUCCGUCUCCUCCAUCGUCACGGUCAUCCUAGGCUUUCUGCAGAUCUGCGCUGGUGUCGUCCUGCUGCAGCUGUCCAAAUCCGCCAAGGACGUCCCCGAUGCCGCUGUCUUCAAGGGAGAUCUCGACCAGGUGCGCGAGGUCGCCACGCAAGAAGAGCCUGAAUUUGAGCCCAAGGCCGACUCCAUUCGCGCCACUGCUGCUAUCAUUCGUCGUAUCUCCACCCCACGCCGCCAGAUGGAAGCUGACGAAGCCCGGCGCUACUUCCACGACCGCGCUGAAGACCUUAAGCCGCCGGCGGAGAAUGAGGUUAUCGAGUGGGACGGGUUGCGCCGGCGCAAGACCGUCCUCGGCGAAGGUCCAACCACCCUGGGACGCACGCGAACCCUGCGCGACCCCUCGGUCAAGUAUCCCGUCCCGCCACUGGGCAUGUCGCACGUACCGGAGGAGCGACCAGACGAGCCGGAGCGACCCGACACGAAGCAGAGCAGCCAUUCCUUCCUCGACGACCUGCGAUCUCGCGCCUCGAGCCUCUUCCAUCCUGCCUGGCAGCCCAUCCAGGAUGAACAUACCACGCCGGACCCGGUCUCCCUGACAGCCCUAUCCGCCCACAGGCCGCAUCCCGACACCCGCUACCCACAGUCAGUCAUCCCAGACGAGUCACGCAGCCACACGCCAUGGGGAGACGAACACGCGGCCCCUUCCCCGCCACCCCACGGCGGCACACGACGCCAAUUCUCAUUCAACUCGAUGCUCCACCGCAUGAAAUCAGGCCACGAAGCAACUGCAUCGCGAAGCAGCGUUGCCCCCCGACCGCCCCGCCACCGGGCACAGUCCGUCACCGAGGAAGAACGCCUUGGUCUCGUGCGCGGUGACUCCCGGGGGGAGUCGGCACCGGACGAUGAUGUGGACGAGAAGCUGGACCGACUCGACUCGCAUGAUAGCACCUUCGACGACGGUCCGGGCCGAUUGCCCUCCGGACUAACGCAUUCGCCGGAGCUCUACCCAGCCCGACUGCGCGUCAACCCGCUUCCACCGCUCCCGGAUGAAGAGCCGCUCGAAGAUCCGUAUGCGCCAAUGGAUAUGGGCCGGCGCGGAUCGCAUAGUAGCGCGGGGACGCUGUCCUCAAGCGGACGGAGUGUGGGCUGGCGCAGACAUGGAUCGGGAAGCAGCGGGGGCAGUGUGCAACUGCCAGGGAGACGAGGAGCAUUCAUCUAA